ACAAAAGUAUAAGGCAAUCAGACAUUACUGGACUUGGUUUAUCGGCACUUUCUUGUUUUCAAAUAUUGAGUCUUACAAGCCACUUUAUUGGAAGGUCAAAAAGCUUAGAAGUUCACUUUUCUCUUAACAAUCCUUAUAUAAAGAGCGAACCUGAGGGUUGUAACAAUGAUAGUGACUAUGAAAAUCAUAGUAGAAGUGAUUCUCAAGGCAAUAAUAAUUACAGUGGUUCAAAAGGUAGUUGUCAAGAUUUUACUAUUCAACUAAAUUGGCAGCUUAUUAUCACACUUAUAUGUUAUAUUUUUAGACAGCUACAGGAACAGAGUAAUUCAUCUUUUGUACCUUAUGAUAGUAUACUUAAGAGAUUUCAAUCAUAUAGAUUUUAUCCAUGUUAUAAACAAGAAAUCGGAAAACAUGUUUAUAAAUUAACAAUAUAUAGUCAUGACUAUAAUGUUGAUUGUAAGAUGUGUGUGUUUGAGUCACAAAGCCGUGGUCAUUACGAAGAAUUGAUUUCUAACAUGUCUUCAUAUUAUGAAAGAUGUACUCCCAUUGAACAACAGGAAUACCAUUCUAGUUUAGAAGCAUUACUUAACAAACUUCGUGCGGAAGGGAAAACUAAUGUUAAUAAAAUUAUUGAUGCUAUUAAACAGUUAGGUCAAGAAAUUGAUAAUGAAGAAACAUUAUCAGCUUAUAACAUUAAUAAAGAUUUAGAGAAUGAUAACAAUAAUAUACAGACAGGUUCAGAAGAGAUCCUUAAAUCUUUAUAUGAAAUGCAACAAGACACUGUAGAAGAUUUGAGACAUAUAGAUAUAGAUUAUUUUCAGGAUCAAUAUCAUAUUUUACAAGAUGAAGGCACAAUACAGGAUAAGCAAAUGUAUGUUCAACAAGGUGAAGAGACACUAAAAUCACAAGGUACUCAAACCAAUAAUGAGUCUUCCACUCUAUAUUUUCUUUUACCAUUAGCUUUAGCAAAAAAUUGUAAUCUUUCUGCAUUUUUUUUUUUUAAUAAUCUUUUAGCCUAUAAUACU